CAGACUACAGGCGUGGUGAGCAAGUUAAGAUUCUUAUUGUACCCAAAACGAACAUCUACCGAUAUGGCUACUGACAUAUACUACUUGUUGAAGUGGUUCCCGAGUCCCAUGUAUGAAACUCUCAUGGCGCCUUGGUCAAAAGGACUCAUGGCUGCCGACCCUCGCCAACAGCGGUCGCGUUGGUGUGUACUUCCAGGUCCUCACAAGUGGUCGAGUCUACCCCGGCGACCAAGUCUCGAACGAGAGCUUUUCCGGCGAUCCGUUGAGCGUCGCCAGCAUCACUAGGGUCGCCUUCGAUAAUUCGCUCAAGACAAGAGAUACAAUCAAUCUACUUCUCAACCACAAGAUGCUCAUGCGUCUAAACAAAUGGCUACUCGCGAGAAAGGCCACAACUAUGGACGAUAAGCAACGAGAAGGCCGAAACGCAUGGAAAGGGUUCCGCGACGUGCGCGUCUCUCGCAUCGUCGAUGAGGGAGGCGGCGUCAAAUCGUUCUACCUCGAGGCCAUAGAUGAACAGCCACUUGCGAGCUACUCACCCGGCCAGUUUCUCACCGUCCAGCUCCCUGAUGGCACGACUCGCAAUUGGACGCUCUCGGACUGGGAGUCUCAGGCCGAACCGUCGUAUUAUCGUAUUAGCAUCAGAAGAGCCGGAGUGGCGUCGACCUGGAUGCAUGACACCUGCAGCGUGCGUACGGUUCUCUCGGUUCGGUCGCCGGCGGGGCGUUUCUUCCUUGAUCGUAGUUCUCUACUGCGACAGGUCUACAUCUCAGCCGGCAUUGGCAUCACCCCUAUUCUCGCCAUGAUGAGGGCGCAUGAUGCGCACCCGAAUAUGCAAGAUAUCCCUGCUGUCUGGAUACACGUCGUACGAGACGGCGAGAAUUUCCCAUUCAGACAUGAGAUACCCCGUUUCGCGAACAGACCAUUCACCAAGGUCGUCUUCUUCACCAGGCCGCAAUCAUCUGAUAAGCAAGGGGUAGACUACGAUCGUCAAGGCCGCCCGGAUAUGGCAGCGAUACAUGAGAUCGUCGGCACACCUUUCACAUGGAAACCGCUGGGCAGUGGCGAGAUGGAGUCAGAGGCAAACUUCUCCACAGCUUCCAUCUGUGGCGCGCCUGACUUCGAGACGGCCAUGAAGGAUUGUCUGAAGAGCGUGGGGAUGCGAGAGCCGCUGAUCCGAAGCGAGUCCUUCUCGGCUUCGGGCGUGGUGCUAGGGGACGUGGAGCGGGCCGAGGUGCGCUUUUCCAAGUCGAAUGUGACAGCAACCUGGACAAAAGAAAAGCCCGUCUCCCUGCUCGAAUUAGCCGAGUCGUUGGGGUUGACUCCAGAUUAUGGGUGCCGUGCUGGCUCAUGCGGGAGUUGCGCAGCGAAAGUGACGUGCGGCUCCGUCUCUGGCGGUCUGCAGGCUGAUGGAACGGUGCUCACUUGCUCAGCUACGCCCGCGUCGGAGACGGUCGAGCUCGAGAUCUAGUUAUUAUUACUCAUCAGUUAGUGUAAGGGACUGUUGCAUUCAAGUUGGCGCUAGAGUAGGGACCUACUCUACAUGUAAGUAUGUGCACAGUACUGUAUGGAUUGUGUGUUGAUCGUUGCCAUAUCACGUAGUGCGAUAUAGAGACAUGUCUUACACAUACAGUAGUGUACUGGGGUGCAGACGGCAUCCUGCCUCGCCCGCAUUUUGUUUCCAUAGAUCUGCCCUGACAGACCCUGACGCUUUACUUACACGAUGCUACAAUCCUACCACCUUGUACAAUCACAAAUAUGCGUAGCGUAUCUCGGCGUAUGUACUGCCAUCUAGCAUUGAAUGUUAUGGACUCUCUUGACUAUAUUUCAGCGAGAUAUUGCAAGCCGUUAUUUUUCCAUCUCAAUAUUCACCUGACACCACUUCUGCACAGAGAUAUGGCGCAAUACGGUGGAAUUGACGUCACAAAGCGCCUGUAUCAUUGGGCUCUCCGUUCUGCAUGUACACACAGACAGUACUGUAGGUGUCCGUGAGCGAGCCGUGCGUGCCCAGACGAGCAAACGGGGGCAAAAGGCGGGAGGUGAUCAUGAAUGUAGAGGCAUUGCGCCGUUUGUCCAGGGCCCUUUCUUGUUUUCUACCUUGAUAAUGUAGGUAUACUAUUUACGUAGUGUAGCCCAGAAAUGUUUUCUUUUGGUCCUGUUUCUGGUGUACUUCGCAAUGUCCAAGAGCCGUAGGUUAUUUCCACCUACCGUUUA